CUGUAUAAAGAUGUCAUGAUGGAGAAUUGAAACCUGGUCUCAUUGGAUGUUUUGAACAGAGAUAAAGAUGAAGAGCCAAUUGUGAAACAAGAAAUUGAAGAAAUUGAGGAAGAUGUGGAACCACAAGGUGUAAUAGUUACAAGAAUAAAAAGUGAAAUUGAGCAAGAUUCCAUGGACCAAGAAACCUUUGAACUUGUAGGUAGGUUAGAUAAACAAAGAGGGAUCUUCUUAUGGGAAAUACCACGGGAAUCUUUGACCCAGGAACAGAAAAUAUUCAGAGAAAACACUAAUAUUAUCCAUAAGAGACCAAACUCAGAAGAGAAAUGCCAUAAAUGUGAAGAAUGUGGAAAGAGUUUUGUCCGCAAGGCCCAUUUCAUUCAACAUCAAAGGGUCCAUACUGGUGAGAAACCUUUUCAGUGCAAGGAAUGCGGGAAAAGUUUUAGUCGAAGUUCAUUUGUUAUUGAACAUCAGAGAAUUCACACUGGGGAAAGGCCCUAUGAGUGUAAUUACUGUGGGAAAACCUUUAGUGUGAGCUCAACCCUUAUUAGACAUCAGAGAAUCCACACUGGAGAGAGACCCUAUCAGUGUAAUCAGUGUAAACAGAGCUUCAGCCAGAGAAGGAGCCUUGUUAAACAUCAAAGAAUUCAUACUGGUGAGAAACCCCACAAAUGUAGUGACUGUGGGAAAGCCUUCAGUUGGAAGUCACACCUGAUUGAGCAUCAAAGAACUCACACUGGUGAAAAGCCUUAUCACUGUACCAAAUGUAAGAAAAGCUUUAGUCGAAAUUCAUUGCUUGUUGAGCAUCAGAGAAUUCAUACUGGGGAAAGACCCCAUAAGUGUGGUGAAUGUGGGAAAGCCUUUAGGCUAAGUACAUACCUGAUACAACACCAAAAAAUUCACACUGGUGAGAAGCCUUUUCUUUGUAUCGAAUGUGGAAAAAGCUUCAGUCGGAGCUCCUUUCUUAUUGAGCAUCAGAGGAUCCAUACUGGUGAACGACCUUAUCAGUGUAAAGAAUGUGGGAAAAGUUUCAGUCAACUUUGCAACCUUACUCGUCAUCAGCGAAUUCACACAGGAGACAAGCCUCAUAAAUGCGAGGAAUGUGGAAAAGCCUUUAGUAGAAGCUCAGGGCUAAUUCAACAUCAGAGAAUUCACACUAGGGAGAAGACUUACCCAUACAGUGAAACUAAGGAAAGUUUUGGUCCAAAUUGCAGUCUUGUUAUACAGCAGGAGGUCUAUCCUAAGGAAAAAUCUUACAAAUGUGAUGAAUGUGGGAAGACAUUUAGUGUUAGUGCUCAUCUCGUACAACAUCAAAGAAUCCACACUGGUGAAAAACCCUACCUGUGCACUGUUUGUGGGAAAAGCUUCAGUCGGAGCUCCUUUCUUAUUGAACAUCAGAGAAUCCACACUGGCGAGAGACCCUAUCUGUGCAGACAGUGUGGCAAAAGCUUCAGUCAGCUUUGUAAUCUUAUUCGACAUCAGGGUGUUCAUACAGGUAAUAAGCCCCAUAAAUGUGAAGAAUGUGGGAAGGCCUUUAGUCGGAACUCAGGUCUUAUUCAACAUCAGAGAAUACAUACAGGGGAGAAACCAUAUAAAUGUGAGAAGUGUGACAAAAGUUUCAGUCAGCAGCGCAGCCUUGUCAACCAUCAGAAGAUACAUGCAGAGAUGAAAACUCAAGAAACCCAUGAAUGUGAUGCUUGUGGUGAAGCCUUCACUUGCCGUAUUUCUCUAAUUCAGCAUCAGAAAUUACAUACUGCAUGGAUGCAGCAAAUGUAGAGAAAUAAAUAGUUUCGAUUAAAUUUGAGACUAACUAAAGUGCA